CUUUGUACAAGUGUGACGCAGUUUGCUGCAGAAUACAGAAGACUGUCUCAAACAGAGAGAGGACCCUGAUCUUCUCUGCGAGGUUGCAAACCAGAUCAGAAUAGGUCCUGCAGGAUAAGAUUCACCACCAUGCUACCCUCUGUCGUGUUUUGGGGACUCAUUGCCCUCAUUGGCACUUCCAGGGGCUCGUACCCUUUCACCCACUCAAUGAACCCUCACCUGCAUCCUCGCCUAUACCACGGCUGCUAUGGGGACAUCAUGACCAUGGAGACUUCUGGGGCCACCUGUGACGUGAACAGUUUAAUCAGUUGCGGCAUCCGUGGUUCUGAAAUGUUUGCCGCGAUGGAUCUGAGGGCCAUAAAACCUUACCAGGCUCUGAUCAAAGAGGUGGGGCAGAGGCAUUGCAUCGACCCUGCUAUCAUUGCAGCCAUCAUCUCCAGAGAAAGCCACGGCGGAGUCGUCCUGCAACGUGGCUGGGACCACAGAGGACUUAAAUUUGGCUUGAUGCAGCUUGAUAAACAAACUCACCACCCCAUUGGUGACUGGGACAGCAAAGAACACCUUUCACAAGCUGUUGGGAUUCUAGCAGACAGAAUUAAGGCAAUCCAGAAAAAAUUCCCCACAUGGAGUGCGGCUCAACACCUCAAAGGUGGUCUCUCAGCCUAUAAGUCAGGAAUUGAAGCUAUUGUCACCCCUGCGGACAUAGACAAUGGUUUGGCCAAUGAUAUCAUUGCCAGAGCUAAAUUCUAUAGAAAACAUGGCUACUAA